AUUUUUUUUCCUUACAAUAUAUAAUUACCUCAUUCCGAAUUCAAAUAUCCGGUGUUUGACGGACUUGAAUACUGAAUUAUCUAAAAAUGGCUACCAAAACUUAUGAAGACAACAAAAAAUGGAAAAAUGAUUUAGAAAAGGCCGGUUUCAGUCAUUUAAAUGGAGACAGGAUAAUUUGCAUUGAUUGUGGCUUAACUCCUCGUCUAGGCCCAGGAGACUCGCCGACAGAAUUACAUAAGGGACUAUAUAAAGACUGCAAGUUUGUAAAAGAAAACCUACGGGAAAAACUUCCACGUAAUAAGGCUGAAACAAAGCAAAGUUCAACCGAAUUAGGAGACGACUUGUUAGAAAAACAAGCAGGUGAUAUUUUGCUGUAUGAGAGAAAGGGCCAGUCUGCUUUGUGCACAGGGGGAAUUACACAUGCAGAAUACCAUGAUGAGAACAAAAAGGAUUUCGCUGGAGGAUAUACAGAUAAAACGAACAAUAAUGGAAGAGACAAGUCUUUAAGGUAUGAAAUGGGGAAGUGCCCGAUACAGGAAAGCAUGACUUCGCAAAUAGAUAAUUCCGAUGCUUGCUCUGGUAUCUCUAAUAGAGAUCGCUAUCAAGAAGUUUAUAAAAAGACUCAAUGUAAGACAUGCCGCAAGAGUUUGAAAAAUUGUGCUGUGGUUCUGGUUCUGCCCUGUAGCCACAUGCAUUGUAAAACAUGUGCAUUUGGUCAACAAAAGUGCAGCUGUGAUACUCCGAUUACUGAUCAAAUAAACACAUUUUGGUCUUAAUGUUGUUGAUUAUGUUUGGACGUUUGCUAUAAAUUCCAACAUAGUUUCAGGGGAAUAACAGCAUCGCAUUUUUGUCAUACGUGAACAAUCAUUAUUUUGUCAUUAUUUUGUCAUACGUGAACAAUCAUUUUAUGCUUUUACAGUCUCAUUUUGUUUGGCUCUAUGUUCUGCAAGCGAAUAUCUUGUUUUAGACAAUAACUUGACUGUCCGAGGUUAUAGUUAAAGGGCAUAAAAUUCAAUUUAACCCUAAAUCUUUAAUUUAUGUGCAGAAAUAUUUAUUUAUUAAAAUAAGAUUUAAAAAAGGCGAAGUGUAGGAGUUCAAACAAUUCUUUUGUAGUUAUUCUCAUACAAUACACAUUGUUUAAGGAGUCUUCGGUCAGAAAUUCAAUAAAUGUAAUUCAAUAUAUUAUGAUUUUAAUAGCAUAUUUUUGUGUUAUGUGUAAUGUUUGUGCAAUGUGUGUUAUAAAUCGAGAAUUUGUAAAAAAAAUUGUUUUGCAAUGUGCACGAGCCGUUUUCUUUGUAUGUAAGAGGAUGUUACUGCUAAAAUAAAAUGUCGUUUUAUAAGUCAUUGUAUUGUAAUGCAUUAUUAUGUAUCCCAAGUCCUAUAUAUUUUGCUGAUUAGAAAUAAGUUCUGCAAAUGCUUCUGCAUAUUUCAGCAGAUUAUUUUGCUACCGUAUAAGCAGAAAGAAAAAAGUAUGAUAGGAAUUAUUUAAACUGAGCACUGUUACAGAAUAAGAUUACAUAAAUAUAUUAAGCGAAAAUUAUUAUUAGUGGUGUUGCAAAUCCCAUCUUUGAGUUAUUUGUCGUUAAUUUAAUUUCAUAUUUUAUGUUCUUCAAAGGGCAGAUAGCCCAUAAGCUAAGAAAAACUUUAUUUUUCUGUUUUGCAUAUAGAUUGCCACUGGGCAAAACCUCAAGGAAAUGUAUAGCAAUUUGUUCAUUUCUUUUUUUUUACAUUUAAUAACAUCUGCAAUGAAAUGUUGAUUGUUGACUAAGAAUAGAUUGAAUAACACAAAACAAGAGUAAAAAUAAGCUUUU